UUCCAUCAAUAAUAAUAAAUUGUGUGCCAAUUAAUUAAUUAUAAAUUAUUAUAUACCGUAUAUAACCGCUUAAUCUAACAUAAUGUCACAAAUGUAUCCCAAUGUUGAAAAAAUGGCACCAGUACCCGAUGCACCUCCCAUGCUACAACAUGAGCACCUACAACAGGGAUCAGGUAGCUAUGACCCACCACCACCCUAUAUGCAGGCACCUGGUCAACAAGCACCUGUAGUUGGUCCACAAACAGUUACAGUAGUGGUCGAUACGGGUAAAUUUGGUCCCUAUCCUAAAGCUAUGCAAUGCUAUCACUGUGGCCAACAAGUGAUGACUACGGUCACGAAAAAAGCCGGUACCAUAACCUGGGCACUGUGCUCCCUGUUGUGUAUUGUCGGCUGUUUUUGCGGGUGCUGUCUGAUACCGUUUUGUGCCAGCCCUACCCAGGAUAUGAUGCACCGGUGCCCAAAUUGUCAAAAAUUUUUGGGUGCCUACGAACGUAUUAAAUUUAGACGAUAAUAAUAAUAAUAAUAAUAAUUUUGUUUAUAAUAUAACGACUGUCCAUCAAAUAUAUCAUAUAAUAUACAGUAUAUGGAGGACAGUUAGGUUAGGUUAUACAUAUCCGGCCAGGCGCUCAUUAAUUAAAUUAUUAGCAUUUAUUACACAAUUUUUUUUUGUCAAUUUAAUUAAUUUAAUUUGUUUUUUUGAUAGCAAACACUUAUACUUAUAUUACUUAUAUAUUUAUUAGU